AUGAAUACUUGCCACGACGAAGGGAUUCGUGAAGUAGAGGACCCUUUCAGUAGCUAUUUUGCUGAAGUGGAAGAUGUCGGUCUGUGUGACUUGGAUGUACCUAGGAAGAGCUCGAUUGAGGCUUCCUCGAGUUUUAAACUAACCAAUCAAUUCCCGGCCCCCAGUGUCGAUCACGGGCGUAAGAGGCCACUUACCAUCUUGGUCCCGGAGGAUGCUCGGCUUUUUUCUGCCCCCAUGGGGUGGCUAGCUAUCUCUGAUGCUUGGUCACUGAAGAGGACCAAGCCAAGAUGGAUGAAGUGGAAGUUGCUUGCUUGUUCAACAAGGCCCCAGCAUGCUCUGAAUCGGGCUUCGUUGUUGAAUCAUGAGGCCUUUCUUAGAAUUCGAGAAGAGCGCAAGGCUGAGGUUCAGGGCCUAACUGAGAAAUGCGAUACCUAUAAGCUUCUCAGUGAGAAGCUUCAGGUAGACUUGGUGACGGCUCGAGAUGAGCAUGUUGGGAUGGCCGAGCAAGUAUUACGAGUCCUUCAUGAUAGUGAGGAUGAGUUGGAGAUAACAACUAAUGAUCUGAUUCUGCAGGUUCGACAGAGGCUCGAACAGAUCAAGGACCUCCAAAGGCAAAUAGAUAAAGUACGAGGUGAGGCUGAAGAGUUCAAGGAGUGUAUGGACAUUUUGGCGGCACAAAAAGAGGUCGUUCAAGUAGAUCUAGAUUCGGCAGAGUCUCAACUUCGGUCUGCAAGAGAUAAUUCCACGGUUCAGGCAAAUAAAAUUGAGGAGCUUGAGUCCAAUUUAGCCAAUUUGGCCAAAGAGCUCGAAGUGGCCAGAUCUAAGGCGGUCGUGGCCAAUAUUAAGGCUCAAGCUAGUGCAACUCAAUACAAGGCCGAUGCCGAAGCCACCCUAGCGCAGGCCAAGAGCAUGGUGGAUCAUGCAAAGUGCUUCGAUAUAUCUGCUGAGAUCGAGAUUGCCUGGGCAGAGGAAACAAAGGCUCGGGGGCUGGCUUUUCCCGAGGAAGACUCUGAGAACUUGAGUGAAUCUGGCGGUGGAAAAGAUUCUGAGGGCAAAACUACUUCUACCGAUAAGGAGUGUGCUGUUUAG